AUGGUUCACAUGCAAGAAAUAGAUGGAAGCGUGCUAGAAGGGGGAGGACAAAUUCUUAGAAUGUCCAUAUCACUAAGCGCUCUACUGAAUAUUCCUGUACGAGUUACAAAUAUUCGUGUUGGACGCAAGAAACCAGGUUUAGCUGCACAACAUUUAAAAGGUAUUCAGCUAGUUGCAAAUAUGUGCCAAGCUGAGCUUAAAGGAGCAUUUAUUGGGUCAACGAAAAUUGAGUUCACUCCCCGCAAAAUCAGAGGAGGACAUUAUGUUGCUGACACACAGACAGCAGGUUCAAUAAGUCUGCUUAUCCAAGUUGCCCUGCCGGUUGCUCUAUUUGCCGAUGGCCCCACUACAAUGGACUUGAAGGGCGGCACCAAUGCAGACAUGGCACCGCAGAUCGAUUACAUGGAUAUGGUAUUCCGGAAGAUUCUCAAUAAAUUUGGUGGAGAUUUCAGCAUGCAGAUUCUAACACGCGGUUAUUUUCCACAUGGUGGAGGUCAUGUAAGGGUUGAAGUAAGUCCUGUGAAUAUGCUGCAAAGUAUCAACCUAAUGGAUAGGGGAGAGAUUGAAGACAUCGGUGGAAUCAGCUUUGUAGCGGGAAACUUACCAGUCAAGUUCGCCUACCAGAUGGCAGAUGGCGCUAAACAUGAAAUAGGAUUAAAUCAAAGAAUAAACAUCAAAAGUUACAAAGAAGACGGAUCGAUGGCACCAGACAACUGUAAUGGAAUUGUUCUGUCAUGUUCGACGUCGUCGUGUGUGUUGGGUGCGUGUGGGCUCGGGAGUCGCGGGGUGAGCCCCGGUGAGGUCGGGGGCUCCGCUGGCAAAAUGCUGAGAGAGGUCAUUGACACCGGGGCCUGUGUGGACACACAUGCACAGGAUCAGGUGAUACUGUACAUGUGUCUAGCGUCCGGCCUGUCUUCGGUCCGCUCCGGUUCCCCCACUCUACACACUCAGACGGCCAUACAUAUAGCGGAGACACUUGCUAAGGUUAAAUUCGAGAUAAAAUCGGAUGGUGAGCAGGAUGUUAUAAAAUGUACUGGAAUUGGUCUUAUUAAUAAAUCCAUUCCUGAUGAAUAA